AUGCAAGCCAGACUCAAUGAGCCGUCACCCACUGACGGGGGCAGCGACAUUAUGGCGAGCUUGCCAGCAAAAUUGCGUCGUACACCACAGUCAGAUGAACGGCCGUUCGUAUGUCCGAUUCCAUCUUGCAGCGGUCGUUUUCGACGCAAGUAUACGCUGCGCGAGCAUAUCAAGACGCACACAGGUGAGCAACCUUAUGAAUGCCCUAUCGAGAGCUGCGGCAGGCGCUUUAGCACGUCGGGCAAUCUGGCGCGACAUCGAAAGCUGCAUGCGAUCUACAAGUAUCAGUGCCCUGUGGUGCAAUGUUCUCGGGAAUUCAAGAGUCGCGAAAAGCUUCAAAGACAUCUCAAAACCCACACCACGGACCUUCCGAACACAUGUGGCAGGACAUUCAGCACUGGUGGUAAUUUUUCCCAGCACCUUCAAGAGCGACGAAAUCAUCCACCAAAUUAUAUCCGAGGGAAUCGAGUUGAUAUUGCUCGACAACCACCGAUAUUGAAGAGUUUGCCCGUCCAUGAGCAGCAGAAGUGUCGAUUUCCUAUGCAAGAACGGCCAAAUUGGCUAAUACAAUCUCCGGUUGUGCCUAGUGCUAUGCUUUUCAAAGAACGAAGGUGGUCUGCAGCACCAAUGCAAGACGCGGUGAUUGCUGCACAAUCGAGACCCGAGCACACUCGCAUUUCUGAUCAAGACGUUCAGGACAUUUUGGAUUGCUUGUUUGCCGAUAAUCCAGCGGUGCAGUCCGUGAGUAAAAUGAGCAGCAGGAUCUGGAAUGAGCCAGCUUUCCUCGGAGCCAAUCAUCUGUAUGGGUAA